GAUUUAAGAUUAAAUAUAUAUUGUUAGUAAACGCAAAUGCAAAUCAAAGGCAAACGUGAAUGCAAAUGUUUGUCCAAUAGCAAUGCAACGCCAUCAAUGUGCGCGCCGCCGCAAAAUAAUUGAACGCAGUGUUUCUGUCUCGCUAAAUGACAUACAUACAUAUACACUUGUACAUAGGAACACACAUAUUCACAUACAUUUAUCUAACGAAAUUUCAAUUUACUUGAAACUGAAAUCGUGAUUUUAUUUGGGUAAUUAAACGAACAUUUGAAAAAACAAGCGCAGCAUUUUACUCGACGAAGCCUUGUGGACAGACUUCGGUGUGGAAUCGAAGGAGCGUACCCAGCCACAUACCAUACAUAAUUCCAUUUGCUACCACUGGAGCAUCAAGCAACUUAAUUAUACUUUAGACAAACUACUUUAGGACUAGCUAGUACAUACUUAACUAAACCGAAGGUAUACAACAUGUGGAACUCCGAACCAACAAAUCGUCAGCAACAAAAUGGCAACACUACCUCUGGCGGACAGCCCGCCAAACAGUUGGGAAUGACCUCAGCCAUAAGCCUCGCUGAACCUCGUCCUGAGGACUUGCAGCGCACCGAAGAGCUAAGUAAGUCCCUGGAGCCGUACAAUGUGUUUGAGAGCCAGGACGAACUGAAUCAUCGCAUGGAAAUUCUCGCCAAGCUCAAUACUCUAGUAAAGCAAUGGGUCAUGGAGAUAUCUAUUAGCAAGAAUAUGCCUGAGGCUGCUGCCGAAAAGUUGGGUGGAAAAAUCUACACAUUCGGCUCCUAUCGGCUGGGCGUGCACCAUAAGGGCGCUGACAUAGACGCGCUCUGCGUAGCGCCGAGGAAUAUUGAGCGCAGCGAAUACUUUCAAUACUUUUUCGAAGUGCUCAAAAAGCAGCCUGAGGUUACCGAAUGUCGCUCAGUAGAAGAAGCCUAUGUGCCCGUUAUAAAGAUGAAUUUCGAUGGAAUUGAGAUCGAUUUACUGUUUGCGAGACUUUCGCUCAAAGAAAUACCCGACGACUUUGAUUUGCGGGACGAUAAUUUGUUGAAGAACCUAGAUCCACGGUCAGUGCGCAGUCUGAACGGCUGCCGGGUAACAGAUGAGAUACUUGCACUUGUACCCAAUAUUGAGAACUUUCGACUGGCGUUGCGCACUAUUAAGCUUUGGGCAAAGAAGCAUGGCAUAUAUUCAAAUUCCCUGGGAUAUUUUGGCGGUGUUACUUGGGCGAUGCUGGUGGCACGUACUUGUCAGUUGUAUCCAAAUGCCGCAGCAGCCACAUUGGUGCACAAGUUCUUCUUGGUCUUUUCGCGUUGGAAGUGGCCCAACCCGGUGCUACUAAAGCAUCCUGACAACGUCAACUUGCGUUUUCCAGUUUGGGAUCCACGAGUUAAUGCCUCGGACCGGUACCAUUUGAUGCCCAUCAUUACACCCGCAUAUCCACAACAGAAUUCCACAUUUAAUGUAUCGGAAUCGACAAAAAAAGUUAUAUUGACUGAGUUCAAUCGCGGCAUGAGCAUCACGGACGAAAUUAUGCUUGGUCGCGUGCCCUGGGAUCGUUUGUUUGAGGCGCCCAGCUUCUUUUACAGAUAUCGGCAUUUCAUUGUUUUGCUCGUGAACUCGCAGACGGCCGAUGAUCAUCUGGAAUGGUGUGGCCUGGUCGAGUCCAAGAUACGCCUGCUCAUUGGCAACUUGGAGCGUAAUCCACACAUAGCAUUAGCUCACGUGAAUCCCAAAUGCUUUGAAUUUAAAAAGGGCCUAAGUGGCAACAACUCGCAGAACAACAGCGGCAACGAGGACGAACAAAAGCAGAUGUCGGCCGCUCAGACACAGUCAUCGGUGACGACGGCGCCUUUCUGUUCCAUGUGGUUUAUUGGUCUGGAGUUUGAGCGCUCGGAGAACUUAAAUGUGGAUCUUACUGAGAGCAUACAAAACUUUACAGAACAUGUGAUUGUGCAUGGCGUCAACAUUAAAAUGCUUAAGGAGGGUAUGACUAUUGACGCACGCCACGUGAAGCGGAAGCAGCUUUCCUUGUAUUUGGAUGCAGACUUUCUCAAGCGGGAGCGUAAAUCUAUGGAGAAUCACACAAAUUUUAACAACACGAUGCUGGCCAAUCGUAAGCGCCUGUCUUCCGAGCUGGCGCAGUCACAGGAACCAUUACCGCCUGGCCAGCAAUCACAGUCUAGUAGUCGAGGAGCUAAGGGGCAGCGCUUGAGUGAAUCGCUAACCGAGGAGAACUCAAAUGCGUCGAGUGACAUGGGUGCGCAAACGCCCACCACACCUACGUCGUCUCAGACAAGUGGUCCUAACUUUAAAACGACACAGGCGGCAACGCCGAUUGGUAAAAACGGUAACGAUGUCGUCUGCUUAGAGGGCGCGGAGAGUAGCCAACAGGAUCAAAUGCAGCAACCUCCACCGCACAACAAUGGCAACAGCAGCAACACAACCGCCGAAGUAGCCUGCUCGUGACAACCGCCAACAGUACAACAGCUGCCGCCGCCACAGUUACAUCCAUAUCAUCAUCACCAUGCUGCCAUGCCAAUGCCACAUAAAUUCCGCAAGAACAACAAUGCCGCCGCUGCUGCUGCAUCCAAUAGCAUUUUUAAUCAACGUUCAAUUCUACACGCGGCUUCGAGUUUAACGGCCGCUUUAAGCAUAACGGGGCACAAGCGCAAACAGCCUGCUGCGACGACAGCAACUUCAUCGAGUGCAGCAAACUAUAUCAGCAGCAACACCAACAGCAAUGGCGGAGGCAGCGGCGACAUCAAAGUCAAUUGCUAUUAUAUCGACGAUGAUGAUGAUGAAAACUCACUUCAACCACCAACAUCAACACUCCGAAUAAAGUCAAAUGCCGCUGCAACAACAAACACAACAAUCGCAGUCGCAUCAGCAACGGCCACAGCAACAACUGCAGUUGCAUCCACAGCAACGACAAUUUCUUUGUAAAAAGCUAUACAUAUACCAUAAGGUUUAGUUUUCAUAGUUAUAUCGCCCAUUUAUUUACUUUGGCUUUGACCAAAAUGGAACCCCACAUAUUUGAUACAAAAGGUUUCCAUUUCAAGUCCACGAGAUUUUGUUUUAUAUAUUUUCUUAAAGCUGUACUAUUCGCAACGUCGCUGGAAUAUCAACAUAGCUACAUCAACAACUACAACAACCAACAACAAAAGUUACUGCACCAAGCAGCAUUACGCUAAUAUUUUCUUUCCGUUUUUCUGCAAUUAUGUAAUAUUGUUGUACGUCUUUUUUACUUCCCCACAGCUGGUAUGAUGAGUGUCAAAUGGAGAGCUGGUGACUAGCAACUUCAACUGCCAGCAACAGCUACAUGCUAAACAUAUAAAAAUUUCUAUGAUUUCAUGUUGUUUUUCAACAUUAUUUUGUUUUCUUCCUCCUUCUAGUUGUACAACGCUGAUACUUUCAAACAAAUGUUCUUUUUCCUAAGAAAAACAAACUGAAAAAAGGUAACAAAAAACAAAUAAAGUGAAGAUAUUGAUUUAAUUUUACCAAUAAACAAACACAAAGAGCGAAAGCCCUUUCAAAUA